AUGAAUCCUUCCAAUCCGCCCCAGGCUGCUGAAUACGGCGGAGACGAAGUCUCCGCCAUCGUUCUCGAUCCAGGUUAUUCAACCACUCGCGCUGGCUUCGCCGGUGAAGACGCCCCCCAAUACAGCCAUGAGGGGCAAGAGAGGCUACUCUUCGGCGACAGCAUGUUUGUCCAGCCACGCGCGGGGAUUUCCGUGCACAACCCGAUCGGCAAGGACGGUAUCGUCGAGGAUUGGGACAUGGCAGAGAAAGUUUGGGAGUCCUCCUUUGCCUCGCGACUCACUGCCACGAAGCCGGGAAACCCCUUUCAUAAUGGAUUAAAUGAUAUCCCUAGUGAAGAGUUUCCAGCCGAGAUGGAGGUUGAGACGGAUGAGAAGCCUUUGGCUGAUAAUCCGCUGUUGAUGAGUGAGCCUGGUUGGAACCCUGCCAAGGCGCGCGAGAAGACUAUCGAGAUUGCUAUGGAGAAAUGGGGGACUCCUGCGUUCUACCUUGCGCGGAACGGUGUGCUUGCUGCUUUCGCUUCCGGCAAGGCCUCCGCACUCGUCAUUGAUAUCGGUGCCUCCAACAUCUCCAUCACCCCAGUCCACGAUGGCAUGAUCCUUAAGAGAGGCGUGCAGCACUCUCCACUGGGCGGCGACUACAUCUCAUCCCAAAUCCGCGCCCUGUUCAAAAAGAACUCACCCCAACCCAUCACCAUCACCCCCCACUACCUGAUCAGCUCCAAGACCGCCGUCGAAGCAGGCCAGCCACCCCAAGCAACUUACCGAACUUUCCCCGCAGACCGCGCCCCCGACGCUUCCUACCGCGCUCUGCAAGAAGAACGCACACUAUCAGAAUUCAAAGAGUGCGUCGUGCAAGCCUGGCCCGGACCCAACAAGCUCUCCGGCCCCGGCCCGACAGGAAUCUCGAACGAAGAGCUCGCCCGCAGCUCGCCAGGCCGCCCCUUUGAAUUUCCAGACGGAUAUAACCAAGUCUUUGGCGUGGACCGUUUCCGCGUCGUUGAGUCCUUAUUCGACGUCAAGGCCGCGAUUCCGGACCCCGACUCGCCCGUUCCCGCGCCGACACAGGCGCAGACAUUGCCGGAGGUUAUUAAGGCAUCGCUGGCCGGCGUUGAUGUAGACAUUCGCCCUCAUUUGUUGUCUAAUGUUGUCGUCACCGGUGCUUCGAGUCUGGUGUAUGGAUUCACGGAGCGACUGAACCAGGAGCUCAUGUCUUUAUUCCCUGGCCCUCGUGUCCGUGUCUCUGCGCCGGGCAAUACCUCCGAGCGUCGCUUCGGGUCGUGGAUCGGCGGCAGUAUCCUCGCUAGUCUGGGCACUUUCCACCAGAUGUGGAUUUCGAAGAAGGAAUAUGAGGAGCAUGGUGCGAAUAUUGUGGAGAAGCGGUGCAAAUAA